AUGGUGGAAACACAGCGAGUGAAAACUGUGGUAUCUGCUCUCUGCAAAAUCCCGCUCCCGUUUCUGCUCCUGUACCUCUUUGUGUGCUCUCUUGACAUUUUAAGCUCUGCCUUCCAACUAGCUGGAGGCAGGGUAGCAGGAGAUAUCUUCCAGGAAAAUGCCAUCCUGUCUAACCCAGUGGCAGGGCUGGUGGUGGGAAUACUGGUGACAGUGUUAGUUCAGAGCUCCUCCACCUCUACCUCCAUUAUAGUCAGCCUCGUCUCUUCUGGUUUGCUGGAUGUUCAGUCAGCCAUUCCUAUCAUCAUGGGCUCCAACAUCGGAACAUCAGUCACCAAUACCAUUGUUGCUCUAAUGCAGGCUGGGGAGAGAGAGGAGUUUGAAAGGGCAUUUGCUGGAGCUACAGUCCACGACUGUUUUAAUUGGCUGUCUGUCCUGGUGCUUCUGCCUCUGGAAGCUGCGAGUGGGAUGUUGAGGCGACUGUCACAGGCCGUGGUCGACACACUACAGCUCAGUACUGGAAAAGAAGCUCCUCCUGAACUUCUUAAAGUCCUCACUGAGCCACUCACUAAAAUGAUUAUCCAGCUGGAUCGGUCAGUCAUUACAGCCAUCGCUACAGGAGACCAGAGUGUGAGGAACAAGAGUCUGGUGAAGCAUUGGUGUCAAAGUACAACCGUGAAGGACAAUGAAACAUCCUGGGGAACACACAACCUUUCAGAACAUACACAGAAAUGUAGGCAUCUCUUUGUGGACUGCUCUUUGUCAGACUUGGCCAUAGGUCUGAUCCUUCUGGCUUGCUCCCUGUUGGUGCUGUGCAGCUGUCUGAUACUGCUGGUUAAACUGCUCAACUCACUGCUGAAGGGCCAGGUGGCCAGUGUUAUUAAUAAAGUUGUUAAUACAGAUUUCCCCUUCCCGUUUACCUGGCUGGCAGGUUAUCUGGCUCUAUUAGUGGGAGCAGGCAUGACCUUUUUGGUUCAGAGCAGUUCCGUCUUCACCUCUGCCAUCACUCCUCUCAUAGGGAUUGGUGUGAUCAGUAUUGAAAGAGCCUACCCUUUAACCCUGGGUUCCAACCUUGGAACAACUACAACAGCUACACUGGCAGCCCUGGCUAGUCCUGGAGAUAAGCUAGCUGCUGCUACACAGGUUGCUUUGUGUCAUUUAUUCUUUAACCUCUUUGGUAUCCUGCUGUGGUAUCCCUUGCCAGCCACCCGCUUACCCAUACGUAUGGCCUGUGCCCUUGGCAACAUCACUGCCAGGUACCGCUGGUUUGCCGUUUUGUACCUCCUCCUCUGCUUCCUGCUGCUCCCAUCCCUUGUGUUUGCCCUCUCCAUGGCAGGGUGGAAGGUGAUGACCGGGAUUGGUGUCCCAGUCAUUACGGUGAUUAUAUCUGGUGCAACAGUAAACAUGCUCCAGGCGUGCAGACCUGAUUGUUUGCCACCUAGACUGCAGAACUGGGACUUUCUUCCUGUUUGUAUGACCUCGCUGCAGCCCCUUGAUGACCUCAUCACCGGGGUGACCCUAUGGUGCAGGCACGGAAGAGGUUGGAAUUGCAAGGGAAAUGAUGGCCCAGAAACAUCACUGGAGGGCGUUGCUGUCAACCCUGAGAGAACAAUUGGAGAGAAAUGGAAGCAGAGUGGGGAAGGACAAGAGAUAAUAGAUAAGAGCUGGCGGAAACAAAGAGAACUGGACAAACCUGGAUGUUGUGAUCUACAAUACAAUGAGGAAAACAACCGAGACAACACAGCCCCCGACAUGUCUUCAGAGAACAACAUAUUAAGCUUGGCUGCAGUGUUGUCCAUAAAUAAAGACACAAACUUAACCAAUCAGGGCACUCAACUGAGCAGCACUCACUUAUAG